AUGAUUUACGAUGAAAUGAAUGAAUAAAUAUCUGAAAAUUCAAACUUCUUGGUAGAUAUUUCGAACAUCUCAAGUGGUGAGGAGCAAGUAUCACCCAAAGUUAUAAAAGAGGAUGAUGAAGAGGAUUAAUAAUUAUUAAAUGAAUUUGAUAUACUGUUCAAAUAACCAGAUUAAUAAGAAGAAGAAGGCUUGAAUAUCGCAUAAGAUGAAUAAUAUUAAAAUAAUAAUGAUGACUUUAAUUUGAGAGAUUAUUAGAUAGAUUUAUUUCAAUAAUCCAAAGAAAAAAAUUCAAUAAUAUUUCUUGAAACUGGUAAAGGUAAGACUCACAUAGCUUUAAUGCACAUUUAUUAUUAUAUCAAAAAGAAUGGGUUUUAGAAUACAAAGUUAAUAUUUUUAGCUAAUACAAUUUAAUUGGUUGAAUAAUAAUGUAUCUUUAUGAGAGAAUACAUAUUCAAAGUUGCCAAAGAAAUGGAAAAAUAAGGUUUGGCACCAUAAAAUCAUUACUUUGAUAUUUAGCAAUUGAAAGAUUCAUAAUUUUUAAGAUAAUUUAUUGUACCUAUUCAUUCUAAAUCCACACUUGCAAGUGAUGAUGAUAUGGAUAUUCAAGGCUGGAAAAAAGAGAGAUGGGAUGAAAUUAUUAGUGAAUCAUGUAUCUUUGUAAUGAUGGGUUAAAUGCUAUUGAAUGCUUUAAGAAGAGGUUAUUUAAAAUUACCUUAUUUUUCAUUAAUAAUAUUUGAUGAAUGCCAUCAUUGUACUUUUAGACAUUCAUAUAGAUUAAUAAUUAAAGAAUUUUUUGAGUGUGAAAAAGUUAAGAAACAAAUAUAAAAUAGUGAAAAGGUUAAAUUUUUAGGUUUAACAGCUACUCCAGUCACAUCAGUUGAUAUUGAAAAGGCGGUUAGAUUAAAUAGUGUACCAAGCUUGUAAAUUGAAGUAGAUAUUCUUUAAUUGGCAUUAAAUUUGCACUCAUAAUAUGUAUUUUUUGAAAAAGAAGCUUAAAAGAAAGAAUAUAAUUCAAAAGUUUUGACAUUUGAACAAGAUUUUGGAAUUUCAACAACUUAUAUUCCAAAUCAUCCACAAUUAAUUGAUUUUUAUGCUUAGUGGUUAGAGAUAUAUUAUUAAAAAUAAAAAGAAAAGAUUUCAUAUAGUAUUUAAUUAUUAGUGGAUUAGUUGUAUCAUUUUGUUAGAUUAUAUGGUCUUAUUCUUUAUAAAGAAUUAGGGGCUUACUCGUUAUAUUAAUUUAUCAAAUAACUUAAUAUUAAUUUUGGAGAAAUUAAAGCUUCAUAUAGAACUGAAAAGGAUUAAAAAUUACUUGAUAAUAUAAAAAAACUAUUCCUAGAUUAUUUAGAGAUAUUAAAGCCUUUGAAUAUUUUAGAAGAUCAAAAUUUAUCAUUAAAAUUUAUUGCCUUAAAAAAUUAAUUAUAUCAAAUAAAUUACAAUGAAAACAAAGAUGAACAAUAAAAAAUCUUAAUUUUUGUUGAUCACAAAAUUACAGCCAAAUAUUUACAUUAAUUAUUAGAGUUGCAUAAAUUAGAAUCUACAUUUGUUGUAGGAACUGGUAAUUUGACAUCAGGAGCUUUAUAAAUGACAAUUUUAAAAGACAGAAAUAAAUAUAUUGCUUUAUCUCCAAAUAUUAAUGCUUUAGAUAUAGCUGAAAAAAUUUAUAAUUAAUUCAACAUUGAAGGAUAAGAGGAUGAUAUUUAAUUAGAUAAUGAUGAUGAUGAUAAUUAGACAAAAAUUAAACUAAGAUCAUAAUUAUAAGAAGUUUUGGAAGGAAUUAAAAACUAUGGUAAAAAUCUUGAUUAGACAAUUACAAGUUCAAAUGCCCAAAAAGAAUCAAUUAAAAAAUUUAAAGAAAAUUGCAAUAUUUUGGUUUCAACUAAUGUAACUGAAGAGGGUUUUGAUGUACCAUAAUGUAAUUAUGUUUUCAUUUUUGGAGAAAUUACAACUUUAAAAUAAUUUAUAUAAAAAAUAGGAAGAGCAAGAGCCAAAAAAUCGACAAUUUAUUUCAUCCUACCUAAAGAAAAAGAAUUAAUAUGGAAGUCUAAGGAAAUCGUAUUAUUUAAGACAAAAGAGUGUGUAGAAAGAAAAAUUGUUGAAAUAAAUUAAUAAAACUAAUAUUCUAAUUUGUAAAAUCGAAUAAAAAGUUUAAAUAGACAAAUAAAUAAUAUACCAAGGAUGGAUGAAGAAUAUUAUGAUUGUCGAUUGGUAAAGGAUAGUCUUGCUUUAUUAAACACAAAUUGGGCAAUUGAGAUUCUUUCUAAUUAUGCUAAUUUAUUUAAAAAUUUCGAAUAUAGAAGUAAAGAUGAAAACUACAUAAGAGGAAUAUUUUAUUAAUUUUCUGAAUUUCCAGCUUUGGGAUGGAAAUGUGUUUUGAUUUUACCUAAAAAUUUUGCUGAUAGAUAUUUUAUUGGAGAUUUGAUGAAAACUAAAGAUGAUGCUAAAAGAUCAGCAGCAUUUAAAGCUGUUUUAGUUUUAAGAUAAAAACAAAUGCUUACUGAUGACUUAAGACCAGUAAAAAGUGCGUAUCACUUUGUAUCUGAUAGAAAAAAUGAUCCAAAUUUAAAAGAUCCAAAUUAUUGUUAAGUAAUAGAAGAAAUUGUUGUAUUGAAAGUGGAACCUUAAGUAGAUUUGAGAUAAAAAUUAUUCCCUUAUAAAAUGGAUGUUUUUGAAAUAUCUAUUAAAUAGCCACUUUAUUUAUACAAAUUUAAAUUUUAUGAAUUGCCUUAAGCAAUAAGAUAUGAAAAGGAAAAAAAUUAAAUUAUUGGUUUUCUUCAUAAUUCAUAAUUCUGCACAAGAUUAUAGUUUUCAGGAGGCAAAGAAAUUAGAUUAGAAUUUGUUAAAAAAAUCAUGAUAACUUAGGAAUAAUAUUAACUAUUAAAUUAAGUUCAUUAAUUUUUAGUUGCAACUUCAUUUGAUUGGGAUUUGUCAUUUUAUUCAUUUUUGACAAAAGAAACUAUCAGCUCAGAAUCUGCUUUAUUUUAGCAAGGCAAAAAAUAAUAAUUCAACUUAAUUGAUGAUUAAAAAUAAUAUGCUCUUAUAGUCUUACUUGUAGAAGACUUAUAAAUAGAAGAUACCAAUAUCAAUUAUGAAGAUUCUGAAAAUAUUGUAUAAUACAUAGAAAAAAUGAAAAAAGUCUUUAGGUUUGUGAAUUCUAUAAGAUAAAAAAAAAAGUUGAAUCAAUAAAUUAAAGAAGAAAGACAAAGGUUAAAUGAUUAAAGUAUUCGUUUAGAAACUUGGAAUAGUUUAGAAUAUGAUGGAAAUCUUGUAUAAUUAUUAAAAGAAGCCAAUUUCAAAGGAAUUGUAGGAUAAAAUAUAACAGAUAAAUAUUUUUUCAGCAAAGUAGUUUUUGAUUCAAAAAGACCAAUUGAAAAAAACUUAGAAAGAUUAGAUAAUGAAAAAAAGAAAGAAUAUUAAAAAGAAUUAGGCAUUGUAUAAAGAAGUUUAAAAUAAGUUAUAAAUUUUCAUUUUGAAAAUGAAAAAGAUAUGUAUGCAGCCCCAAUUUUAAGAAAAUUUCUAAAAUUUCACAUUUCUUAAAAUAGAGAGAUAAUAACCUAAAACAAAUUAAAAGAGCCUAAAUAUUAAUAUUUUUCAGGAGAAUUUUAUAAAUACCCCUUAGGUGUUUUAUCUAUCCUAGAGUUGAGGAUUUUAACUAAACAUAUAUUCUAACAAUUAAGAGAUUUUUUGGUGUCUUUUACAUUUAAAUCUCACGUUUCUAAAUUAUUAGAUUCAACAGGAUUAUCUUUGAAAGAUUGCGAAUUACAGACUUAUUAAGUUAUGGAUAAUAUUAUGGUUUAAGAUUCAUAAGAAAUUAUUGAAUUUUUUACAAAUAAUUCUUCAGAAUUUUAAGAUCUUUUGAAUUAAUUUAAUAAAAAUUUAGAGUUAAAUCCUGGAAAUUAAAUUAAAGAUUAUAAUUUAAAAGAAAGAAAAUUUAAUUACUCCAUUCAUGAUAUAGACAAUGAAUUAUUAAAUAAGUGUUUUUAAUCUCAAUAAUUUAAUUAAGAUGAUUAAACAAAUUAUUAAGUUUUAGAAUUUUUAGGAGAUGCCAAUUUAAAACUACUUUCAAGUAUUGAAGUAUUUGUUUAAUAUCCUUUUGCUAAUGAACAUUUGUUACAUAUAGAACGAGCUAAAAUAGUCUCAAAUGAAAAUUUAAGGAAGUUUUCAAUUAUUCAUAGAUUUUUUAAUUAUAUAAAGUGCACAAAUUUUGCUUAUUAACCACCAGAAUUUAUUCUAGAGUAGGUUAAUAAUGAUUAAGAAUAAUAAGAACUAAAAGAAAAAUAACAAGAUAAUAAGUAAAAUACAAAAUUUUAGUAUACAAAAAAUGGAGAAAUUAUAAAUGAUCUACCAAAAAAUUAUUAGCCAAUUCCUGAAAAGGUUCAUUCAGAUGUAGUUGAAGCUAUAAAUGGAGCCUUUUUAAUUUAGUAUGAUGAAGAUAUUAAUGCUUGCUAGUUUUUUUUACACCGUUUAGGAGUAUUAAAAUAACCUGUAGCCUAAGUCAGGAUAAAAAAUUCAAGAACUUAAUAAGCAAAAGGUAUAUUACAGAAGAAUUUAAAUUCCCUAGAAAAUAUAAUUGGAUAUAAAUUCAAUGAUCAAUCUCUUUUGAUUUAAGCCAUUACCUAUCAAUCUUUCCUUGAAGUUUUGGAUUACUACAAUUAUAAAAAAAAAAAAUGUAAUUUUAUUGAGUUUUAAAACUAAAAAAAUCUUAUUUAGAUUAAUAAAUUAAAUAAUGAUCAAGUAAAUGAAUCAUUACUAGCUCAACUAAAUUAAAAUUAAAAUCGAAUUGAUAUGAGUUAUGAAAGAUUAGAAUUUUUAGGGGACUCAGUAUUGGAUUCAGUUGUAGUUGAAUGGUUAGUCAAAGAAUAUAAUAAGGAAAAGGUUGAAGAUCUAGCUUUAAAAAAACAGUGUGUUGUUUGCAAUAAAGCGCUUGCUUUAGUUACCAUCCAUUAUAAAUUAGAUUAAUUUUUAUUGCAUCCAACCCUUCAUAAAUUAAAUCAUGAAAAUCACUAAACUUUAAAUAAGAUUAAGUCAAUGUAUAAUGAUUACUAUGAGGAUAUCAGUAAGAUGUACACAUCAGAACCAAUAAUUAAAAUAUUAGGUGAUAUUUUUGAAUCUAUUGUUGGAGCUAUUUUUGUAGACUCUACAUUUAAUUACGAUCUAACUAAAUAAAUUGUUCUUAAAUUAUUACUUCCUUUCAUGCAACAUUUUACAUCACCCAAUUAGAUAUUGAAUAAUCCUUAAGAUCGAUUAUUUAGAUAUUUUAAAGCUAAAAACCAAGCCGAAUUUGAAAUUGCUUUGACAGAUGAAGAUCCAAUUGAGGGAUAAAAUCUAUAUGUAUUGAGAGACAAAUAUUCAUAUAAAGUUUACUAAAGAAUUAGAGCAUCAUCAGAAAAAUAAGCAAGAGAAAAAUUAUUAGAAUAUAUUUAAAAAAGAGGAAAUUUAGAAUGA